CAUAAUAGCGAUAGCUUCACGAUAAUGAGCAGUAAUGAUUGAGAAAAUGGAGCGACGUGCGGAUACGUUGAGAUCCGCGUCUUUUUCGCUUUUUCCAUGUCAGCGAAUAUAAAGCUUAUCGAUCGUUUAUCGAUGCUAUAUCGAGCAUACUCGUGAACCGCGCAUCGUCACGUCAUUUCAUCGCGAAAGUUUCCUUAGAUAUCUGUCAGUUAUAUACACACACGCAGCGUCUGUGAUUAUAUCGACAAAAUCGAUAUACGGUUCCUCGCGCGUCGUCGCGUCAAAUGUCAGUACUCGGCCUCGGCUCUGCCAGGUUGUGUCGUCAAAAGUUCGUUAUGUCGGGCGAGCACAAGUCGAUAAUUAAUCCCUCGAAGUAUAUCAAAUUGAACAUCGGAGGCUCACUCCAUUAUACCACACUAGGCACUUUGCAAAAGCACGAUACUAUGCUACGUGCUAUGUUUAGCGGUCGCAUGGAAGCGAUCACUGACCCCGAAGGUUGGAUAUUGAUCGAUCGGUGCGGCAAACAUUUCGGGACAAUUUUGAAUUUUUUACGGGACGGUUCAGUUCCAUUGCCGGAAAGUACAAAGGAAAUGGCAGAGUUAUUAGCUGAAGCAAAGUACUAUUGUAUCAGUGAGUUGGCUGAGUCGUGUGAACAAGCGCUUCUUCGGAAAGAGCGUGAAGCAGAACCCAUCUGCAGAGUCCCCCUCAUUACUUCUCAGAAAGAAGAACAGUUACUCAUAAGCAGUACUACUAAGCCUGUAGUCAAGCUGCUCAUUAAUAGGCAUAACAAUAAAUAUUCCUAUACGAGUACAUCAGAUGACAAUCUAUUAAAGAACAUAGAAUUAUUCGACAAAAUGUCACUUAGAUUCAGUGGUAGAGUGUUAUUCAUCAAAGAUGUCAUUGGUUCAAGUGAGAUUUGCUGUUGGACAUUUUAUGGACAUGGUCGUAAAGUGGCAGAAGUCUGCUGCCAUUCGAUCGUCUAUACAACUGAUAAGAAGCACACAAAGGUUGAAUUCCCGGAAGCUCGAAUAUACGAAGAAACAUUGAACAUUUUGUUAUAUGAGCAUCGAAAUGGUCCAGAUCAGGAAUUGAUGCAAGCGACGUCCUCGCGUGGUGUGGUACCUUGCACGUCCGACGAAGAGGAGGGUGAGCGUUCAGGCUUGGCUCGCCUUCGUUCCAACAAACAAAACACCAACUGACCCAGUCUUGUUCUCCUCAGUCCACCGCAUACCGCAAUUCUCAGCGUCGUUCGUUCUUUCAAAACACGAAUCAAUAUAAAAUAAGAUAAAAUAUGAAGUAUACCGAGCACAAACGCUAUAUGAUAUUUGGUUAUCAUCUAUCGUUUGAGUCUCUUUUUUUCUUUUUCCUUUUCGUCCUGUGCGUGGAACACUAGAGGAAAACUAGAGUUAAACUUUGAUCAGACUAUCAUCUCGAUACAUUUCUCUUACAUCACAACCUUAAUUUUGAGCAAUUAUAUGCUCUGAUUGUUGAAAACAUCUGUAAGAAAACACUCAUUGACCCCGUUAUUAACGUAAAAUGGAAUGACAAAUUUGUCUAAGUUUUUUCGUCUUUGCUAUACUUGCUAUAUAAGCGUAUUUAUAAAUGUAUAUAAAUGUGCGAAUAAGAGAGAAUGGCAUCUUUUAUUAAUUUCAUUCUAUAAAUCAUAUAAAUGUAAACGCCCUAUGCAUUUACUAUUCAUGUGCCAAAUUGUUAUAUUAAAUCUACAACAGGAAUAAGUCCAAGUUGCCAUUCUGCGACUGAUAAAAUUAUUUAUGAAUUUAUACUCUAUAACAACUUUUAAGCAGUCAUUUAGAUUAAUCAAAUUUAUGAAAAGAUUUUUGUGAAAACUAGAACUGUGUUGUUACCUGUUGUGUAAGUAUUAUUAUUUUAUUAUUCUCAUUUCUCAUUAUCAUUAUCAUUGUGUUAUCAUCGUCAUUAUUGCAUUAUUAUGAUUAAUUGUCAUAAUUAUUAAUUAUUAUUAUUACUUCUUCCUACAUCAUUAUCAUUACAGUAAAUCUCUCUUGUGUUUAUAUAUAUUUUCUUAUAAAUUUGCAUAAUUUGAUAUUUCAAUAAAUGAUUAAAAUAUA